UUCCAAAUCCCUCUGCUUGUGUAGAUCAUCUUCAUGUUAGUGCUCUCAUCACCAAUGUUCUUUGUACAAAGAUGAGGGUUAGUUUCGAUGCAGGGGUAAGUUGCUAUGAUACCGUGUCGAUGUGUGCAACCACUUUCGAUCUUGGUUGCACAAAGAUGAGGGUCAUGUGCGUAGAAACUUACCCGCCUAGUGGUAGCUCAUGAAGAGCUCAACUAUCCUUUUGUGGUAGAUCAUCUUCCAAAUCCGUCUGCUUGUGUCCACACUUCUUCACGCCUGACAAUGAUAAUUGUUGGAGAAAUUUUCAUGUCGUGCGAAUGAUCAGGGAUUAUUCUGGAC